AUGAAGACUCGUAGAACGGCCGAUGCCGAGGGAGAUACAGAUGAGCAUUCGGACCAUCAUGAUGAUCAGACAAAUCGCCGGUCCAACUACAGAUCUUACGGUGGUCGAAGUUCCGGGCGAAGAGAGCGAGUAACUCGUUCCCAAGUCAUUGUCAUCAAUUUGUCCGGAUCAGAAUCAGACGAUGGCGGUCUUGGAUCCUUAGCUCCCAAAAGAGAACGUCGGCAUCUGCCUAUUCGCUCCGUUCGCUCUAGAAUCAGAAACAGUCAGUCAAGCGGCCACAGCCUGCGCUCGCACUCGAGCAGACGCCAUUCGCCGGCAUCAGGUUAUCCGCUUCGAAGUCGGGAAUCAAAUAGACGAACAAAUAGCGAAGUAAAGGAAGAAUACGAGGAGUAUAACGAAACUCCAGAAAUCAGCCUUGCCAACAAUUCCGCCCACGACGAAGAAGACGAUGAAGAAGAAAUCCGCCGACCGCCUUCUCGCUCUCGUAAAUCCCGAGUACGGCCAGUUCGCCCAUCCGGUCUUGCUCGCGAACUCAACAAUUUGCAACAACUGGCCAAGGAAAACUACGGCAGCGAUUUUGGUGAACAAGAAAUGAGUCUUCACGAUCGUGUCAAAGCUAGAAGCCGACGAUCGCAAAGUAUGCGGGAAGAAAGGCGGCGACAGGAGGAAGAAGAGCAGAAUGAGGAGCAAAUGGAUGAUGAUGACGAGAAUGGCGAUGAAGAUGAUGAGGAAGGCGAAGAAGAAGAAGACGAGGAAGAGGAAGAAGAAGAGGAGGAGCAGGAUCAGGAAGAGCACGGAUCGCGAUACCCACGAAGAACGCGUCGACAAAGAAUCGUCCCGGAGCGCUACGGUCAGCAAAGAAAGAACAUCACGAUUACACGAUCAUCCACACGGUCAGGUUCAAGACGAGCGCCAGAGAUAUCGAUUCGUCGCUCCUCAAGCGCCCCGAAGAAGAAUCGACAAGCACGAUCGUAUCAGUGGGACUUUAGAAAGAAAAAAGACCGAAAGGCGCAUGAAUCGGACGAUUCCUCGUCAAGCAGCGACGAAGAGCAUUUCCAGAAAAAGAAACGUCGAGAAAUGGAGCGUUCCCGCAAUACCAUGCUUCCCAUGAAUUUGAACAUGAAGGAUGCCAAUCAUCGUCAUGGAUUCCGCGAUCGGGAGCGAAUCGGAGCUUCUCUCGCAGAUGUGGAUCCGAUGGAUUUCGACAAGUCCAUCACCUUCUCCAGUGUGGGUGGUCAUCCAGACGCGAUAAGGCAGUUGAAAGAAAUGGUCGUCUUGCCGAUGUUGUAUCCAAACGUCUUUGAAAAGUUUUCCGUUCAGCCGCCUCGUGGAGUCUUAUUCUACGGCCCGCCUGGAACUGGAAAGACAUUGAUGGCCCGUGCGCUGGCCAAUGAAUGCUCACAAGACGGCAAGAAAAUGGCGUUUUUCAUGCGAAAAGGAAGCGAUGUUCUCUCGAAAUGGGUCGGCGAAUCGGAGCGUCAACUCCGCCUUCUCUUUGACCAAGCUUAUCGCAUGCGCCCCUCUAUCAUCUUUUUCGACGAAAUCGACGGCUUAGCCCCUGUCCGCUCGAGCAAGCAAGACCACAUCCAUUCAUCCAUCGUUUCUACCCUCCUCGCGCUCAUGGACGGUCUCGACAGCCGCGGAGAAGUAAUCGUCAUCGGUGCUACCAACAGAGUCGACGCCAUCGACCCUGCUCUUCGACGACCAGGGCGGUUUGACAGAGAAAUUCUAUUUCCCUUGCCAAGUGCUGAAGCAAGAAUGCAAAUUUUGAAAAUUCACGCGAAAAAGUGGGAAGCAAAACCAGAAGAUAGCUUUUUCCGCCGCCUUUCGUUGAAAACCACGGGCUACUGCGGUGCUGAUCUAAAGGCUCUCUUCACCGAUGCUGUUUUGAACGCGCUUCGACGAACCUACCCAGCUGUUUAUCGAACAACCCAGAAAAUUGACGUCAACUUGGGAAACAUCACCCCAGCAGAAGAAGACUUUGAAAACGCGAUGAAGACGAUUGUUCCAUCAAGUGUUCGCUCUGAUUCUUCCGCAGCUGUGCCCCUUGACGCUCAUUGCAAGCCUCUUUUGAUCGGAAAGUUCAACGAGCUCUUGGAACACGUGGGCAAUCUUUGGCCGCAUGUCAAGCUCAAGAAUUCCAGCUCGAAUCGAACCGAUAGAACUAUUUUUGACCAGCCAUCAAGCUCGAAAGACGAGUUUCUCAUUUUCGAACCUCGUUUACUUAUAAAAGGGAUGCCCGACAACGGACAAAAUCUCCUUGCCCAAGCCCUGCUCGACUCGAUGGACAGUUUCAAGAUCAUCAAGGUCACUCUCCCCGCCCUUUUUGCUUGCUCGACCAGAACUGUGGAAGAUACCCUUGCUGAGAUGCUGCGAGAAGCGUCCCGUGCUGGAAAAGCAGUUUUGUACAUUCCAGAUAUUGACAGUUUGUGGCGCGCGUUGUCCGAGGUCUGCCGGGGCAUACUCAUUUCGAUGAUCAAAUCUAUGCCUUACAGCCAACCAACUUAUUUAAUUUUUACAUCGUCGGCAAACCCAAGCAGCAUGAAAGAUGAUACUCCUAGUGAAAUCACAGACCUCUUAAAAAGUCCAGACAAUACCUACACCGCCGCGCUUCCAUCCUCCACUGAACUUACCAACUUCUUCGCCAAAAUCAAAGACAGCUGCCUCAUUGCUCCAAAGUCAUUCGCCGCCGAAGCCCAAAACAUACUAAAACCAUCAUUUUACGUUGAAGUAAAAAAAGACGAAAAAGUCCUGACUCAGGAAGAAGUCGACAAAGUCGAGCAAAAAGAAGAAAGAAUCCUUAGUAAAGGGUCCGACCCUAGGGACAGUCGUUUCAAAGAAUUUGUCGACCCUGUCGACCCGGACGAGUUACCCGACUACCAUGAAGUCAUCAAGAACCCAAUGGACCUGACAACGAUGAUGUGCAAAAUCGACGCGCACGAAUACCAAACGGUCAAGGAGUUCCUAUCGGAUGUAAAGCUCAUGUGCGCGAACGCACUUGAAUACAAUCCGAUUACCUAUCAAGAGGAACGGAUGAUUCGCCACCGAGCGUGCCUGGCAGUCGAUGUUGCACAUGAAUAUGUUGAGACCGAGCUUGAUCCUGAGUUUGAGACUGUUUGCGAGCAGAUCAAAGUCGCCAGAGCGCUCAGAGGAAGUGAAAAGAAGAAAUUCGCUCCAGACUACGUAGAAAUCCCGAAAACGACGCCGGAAGAGCUUGCCGAGCAGCAGAAUGAAAUAAAAAACCGCGAAAUCAAAAACGAGUUCGAAGAUGGAGAAGAGAUCUGGUGCCUUCAUUCUGAUGACAACAAGUUCUACAUUGGCCGGCUGAAUAGGACCAAUCAUGAAAUGCAUCCAGACGCGCCAUUUUAUGUUCAUUAUGUUGUCGACAUAACAAAGCGAUAUACUGUCUGGGCCCCCGCCUCUAGAAUUCGCUACCGUCUCACCACAGACAACAUCACAGACAACGUAAAACUGACGAUUUCAAAGCGAAAACGAAAGCGAAAGUCGAACUGGGCGUCUGGAAUCAUUAAGCGCCGCUCCACCCGUAGAUCUAUGGUCGAGAACGAUGAAAUGAUCGAUGCGGAUGAAACGACGAGGGAGUUCGAUGAGGAGACAAGGCAGAGCAUGUUCGAUAAUUGCGAGAACUCGAAUGACUCCAACAAAGAGAACGUUCCAGUUGCGCCAGUCGCAACCACUGCUCUCGAAGAAAAGCAACCGACUGUAUCGUUUAUGUCCACCCGUCGAUCUUUCGAGCAAUCCAAAAUGGAUGUCGACACACCGUCCACCACCAAAACAGCCACCAACCUUGACGCUUCCCAAAAACAAGCAACUCCCGAAAAAGCUGCUGAAUCUUCCCCUGCUCCGUCAAAAAAAGUCAAUCUGGAAGAUAUCUGGUCUGCUGAAGAACUCGCCUUGAUCCGCUCCGAGGCUGAGAAGCAGCCAAAACCGGUUGAAAUCGACGAGCACGCCCUAGAAAAGAUCUUCCAAAUGGCGGUCGAUGUAUCUUCAGGAAAAGUAGUCAAGGACGUGAUGCGUGUGGGAGCGGCGCUGAAUACUGUUAUUUACAGAUACAAGGACCAAUCGGACCGCCGAAAAUUGCCAGAAGAUCUCCAGCAAGUCCUCAAGAUUCACAGCUAA